AUGUUCCCACCUCCACCAAGAAGCAACGCAAACUCCGAGGAUUGCGAAGAUUUCCCGAUUAAAUUCUUCCAUCAAGGCCUCGAUAUGGAAGAAACGGCGAGGAAAUAUCCACUCGAAACACCAACAACACCACCGCCUUUCGUCCUCUUCGAUGCGUCUGGCGAAGUCAACCCAGAUUUGUUGUUGUCAAUCGGGGAGGAAGACCCGUCACCAAAAACCCCAACACCAGCACCAUUACGGCCGACAAUAAUAAGAAGCUCGACCGAUAAGGGCGUAAACCCUCCAUCGCUACCUCCAGUAUUUGAUUUACCCCCACCGCCACCAUUUGUACUCCCACCAUUUGAAAAACUUCAAGAUGUAUCGAAUCCUUUCCAAGAGCCAGCAACAGCGCCUCCUUCCUCACAACGUAAACCUAAUCUACCCCGCUUCAAAACAAACUCCAUACUACCAACAAUCCCCCCCACGGCAUCCGACCUUCCGCCGACUCCAUCCUCUCUUGCACCCCUCCAUCUCACUGGGCUGUUACAGGAAGUCUUGUCGAUAAUGAACACCAUAAUGGGCCAACAAUCCAUCGUGCAAGAAGAGGAUGAUCUACUUCAGGAUUUGACGGAACUUGUUGUCAUCAUGCAAGAUGAAGCGGAAGCUCUGGUAAACAUGGCAGAUCUGGUAGAGGAGUAUGUGGAAGAAGUCGAAGCCGCUGAGAUGAGGGAGUGGAUAGAGGAGUUAGAUUUGGAGGGGUCGAUCAAUGCCGAUACUGGCGUAAACAAAUCACCAGUAAUGAAGGGAAGUGAGAGAUGGAAAAGGGAGGGGCAAGAUUUAAAAACGAGGAGGAGACACGAGAGAGGAGAUUCCGGGAUAGAACUCGAUUCGUCCGAGUCGGAAGUCGAUCCCUCGCGCAAUUUCCAAAUAGUUCCCUAUCGUGCGCAAAACAGUAAUUUGUCCACGCCGACCAAAUCAAGGCCCCCUCCAAGGAAUCCUGUCACCCCACCGAAUAGAAAGAUGAAUCAAGCACCACAGAUCCUAUCUCCGAACGUCUUUACACCAUUGAAACGAAUCCAAACCCAAGCACCGCAAGUUUUGUCCCCGAAAAUCUUUACCCCAGCAAAUAAGAUACAAUACCAGCAGGCGUCCCCAAGAAACAGUCAGCGGAGAGUCACUCCUUCCUAUGCCCGACCAACGGUAGCUUCGAUGAAACAUCCAUCGAGGGAGAAAAUGAGGGUUAAGAAGCCGUCGCAGAAUUUUCGCGAUUCGGGAUUGGGGAUGUGGAGUCCGGCGAGGAUAAGUCCUAGUUCUUCGAGCGCGAGAAGCUCGAGAACUAAUGCGAUGAGGCAGAGAACUUUUGAAGCGGAGUGGGUAUAG